CGUCUGACAAGAAAAAAAAAUGGGUUGAUCAAAUUAGAAGAUGUUUUGAGCAGUUUCCCGAAAAAUAUCGCGAAAAAUUAUUUCUGUUUAACCUAGACUUGUUGACGAAAAUCAGUAGUAUAUAAUAAAAGAAAAAGAAUGGCCUCUGACCAGUCAUCCCUCAAAGCCCUGGAAAACUUGAUGACAGAGUUCUUUGAUGGACGAACUUCAAAUGAACGAAAAAGAAAUAUAGAGGAAAUCCUAAAUAAUUUUACCCAGACCAGAGAUGCCUGGCAGCAUUGUUUAUAUUAUUUGGCAAACACACACAAUGAAUAUGUUAUGAUGUUCUGUAUGACUGCUAUUGAGAGCUUGAUCAACAAGCAGUGGGUUGGUUUUGAUGGUCAGCAUAAGUUAGAAAUCCGCUCCACACUUAACCGUUUCCUACUGGAACAUCACAACAGAGUACCGACCUACAUCAGAAACAAACUGGUCAAGUUAGUAGUGGAUAUUGGCAGAAUAGACUGGCCCCACUUCUACCCCGACUUCUUCUCUAGUAUUCUACAGCUUGCUCAACAACCAGAAACAGCUGUCCUUGGGAUCAUCCUUCUGCACACUUCUUCGGAAGAGCUCGCAUCUCCUAGAGAAGAUCUCAGCAUGGCAAGAAAAGAGGAGCUACAGCGUCUUCUUCUUGGACAAGUUCCUACAAUUCUAAGCUUACUAAGCAAUAUUUUGGAGUCUGUCCUUGAGAAGCACCGCCAUUUGGUGGCUGCUACUCCACCUCCAUCUCCCACCUCAGGAGAAGAUGGAUCCACCCGCCGGAGAUCCUCAUCAGUGAUGCUGUUCAGUUCUCCUCUAGAAUCUAGUGAUACUGCAGGAAAUGUGCUCAGCAACAUGUUCAAAUCGCCAAGCUGUCGAAUUCCACUGGAAGCAUUACCUCCCUUAGAUGUUGAAUCCCAAAAUCUGUGUUGUUUAGCUUUGAAAUGUUUAGCCCAGUACUUCAGCUGGAUUCCUCUGUCUUCAAUGAUUACCCCUUCUCUAUUGAGUACUGUGUUCCAUUUUGCUGGAUUUGGAUGUGAAAUACGGAAAUCCAGUACCAGUGUGAAUUCAAACUUUAGCACCAAUACACAAGUGCUAGGAAAUCUAGCAAUGAACUGUAUUAAUGAGUUGCUGUCCAAAAACUGUGUUCCAGUAGAAUUUGAGGACUAUCUUCUUCAAAUGUUUCAACAGACAUUUUAUUUACUACAAAAAUUAACCAAAGAUAGUCGAACAAAUUCAACAGGAAAUAGGUUGUCAGAAAUAGAUGAAAGUUAUGUGGAGAAGUUUACAGACUUUCUUAAAUUAUUUGUUGGUAUACAUUUAAAGAGAUUUGAAUCCAAUCCUCAGUUCCCGGUUUUAGAAUUUUUGGCUUUAUUGUUGAAGUACACUUUCAGACAGCCAACAAAUGAAGGAUUUUAUAACUGUCUGGACACAUGGAAUACAUUCCUGGAUUACCUGGAUGAUAAAUUAAAAGACAGAUCCACAAAUAGCGCAGCAAUUGUGUCAAGAUACCAGGAAGCUCUGUUAUCCCUGGUCUCUAAUAUGCUACACAAACUCCAGUUCCGCUACAACCAGUCACAGCUGGAGGAACUGGACGAUGAAGUUCUGGAUGACGAUAAUGAAACAGAAUGGCAGACUUUCUUGUGUCAGAGUUUGGAAAUUGUUGCUAAAGUGGCAGAAAUCUACACAGCAGAGACAUUCAGGCUAUUGUAUGAACCAUUCAGGGAGCAUUUGGAUAUUUAUCUUGGUCUGGACCAGUUUGUCAGAAAUAAUGCACAAGGCAGACACUUGACAAUAACUGCCGAGAAUGAAUGUCGGAAGCUGCAUUGUUCGCUGCGAGAUUUGGCCUCUCUUUUACAAGCACUAGGAAGGCUGGCUGAACACUUUAUUGGAGAGAAGUUUCUGGAGCGAUUUACUGAUGGCACAAUGUUGUUGGAAAGAUUAGUAAAUACAGUUGUAUAUGGUUCUAAGUCACAGCUUUUCAACGUCACAUCAACAAUACAAAAUGUCCUUCACACCGAUUUUGUUGGGGUGCAUGCUCAAGCCAUUUCAUCAAUACAGGCCUUUGCCCAUUGGCUGUCACAGUUUUACAGUGAGACACACAAAGUCAACUUGGAUAAAGAUAAAUUUGCAUCUCUUAUAUCAACUCUUCUAGACUCUAUUGUACCUAUGUUUUCUAAAGAGAUUCCAGAGAAAAUAGUCCAUUCCAGUGCACACCUGUUACUGUCAAUCACCACCACAGUGCGGCCCCAGUUCCUUCUUCACCUCUCCAGUACACAGACCCUGUGUAAACACGCUAGUCAAGGAGCGUAUGUUGAGCUCACAAUGGAGGUACAGCUGUUGGUUUACAGAGCCCUGUCUCACAGCUUGAUCCUGCCUUGGCCUAAUGUAGCAGAUGCAGACCAGAAUUGGACCAGUCGGGCAGAGGAUCAUCAAGCAUUUGUCAGACAGAUAGCCAGGCAUUUUCUUCAGCUUAGCAAUCCCAGGGCUUUAGCAGCCAACAAAGGAUUGCUGGAGGAGGCUAAAUCUGUGAUAAAGAGGACCUUGCAGAUUUUUGAGGAUUGGAUAGAGAAUGUUGCCGGGGAGGUGGUUAAAAGUAAACAAAUCUGUUAUCGGUCUCUACAGGAAGUCAUUGAAGUGGCGCUAGCUGUAUUUCCUGUCUAUUUGCAUCAGCCAGAUGUGGUUGACUCCUUGAUGAGUUUCUUCCUGUCCUUGUUCCAAGGGCUUCGGGUUCAGAUGGGAGUUCCUUUUGCAGAACAAACCAUACAGACUUUUAUGACUCUUUUCACACAAGAACAACUAGCAGAAAGCAUUUGCCAUGAAAGUAGUGCUGCACAUAAAGUGGUUGAAAAAUUCCUGAAGAUUUUGGAGCUGAUUGUACAAGAACCAGGGUCUGCCUUUAAAGCAUUCUUACCCAAUGUGAUAUCUAUAUGUAUGGAUCAGAUUUAUCCUAUCAUAGCGCAGCGUCCAUCUCCUGAUAUUAAACAAAGUUUAUAUAGACUAGUCCAUGAGUUGAUAAUGAACAACUGGCGUUAUUUCUUCAAGGGAAGUGUCCUAAAGACUUUACAUUCUCAGUCCCCCCAGAAUGGAAAUGGGGAUGUCCAGAACGCCCAACAGUUCACUGCCAUCAUGCAGUCAUACGGCCAAUCAUUCCUUCAACCAGACCUUGCUGUCUUUAAACAAAACCUUGAAUCUUUAGAAACCUUGAAUGCCAAAUGGAAACUUUACCAAAAACCAAUCUUCAGAGAAGUGAUGCUACUACAGUUUUUGAAUGUUCUUGUGCAAGUUUUGGUGCAUAAAUCCCAUGACCUGCUUCAUGAGGAAAUCGUUGUGACAGUGUACAACAUGGCCUCCGCGGACUUCAGCCGAUUCUAUGCUGAGUUCUUGCCACACUUUGUGUCUUCUUGUGAAGGACUGGACGCCAAUCAACGAAAUAUUCUCGUUAGGAAUUUCAAAGUAGAUAAGGAUUUGCCAUCUUUUACUCAGAAUGUGAAUCGGUUUGUGAACGACUUGAGAUAUUACAGACUGAUUAACAGUAGUCUUCCUGAAGGUUCAGUCACAUUUUAAGUAUAUCUUGAAUUGUUCUCUCACCCUGUACAUGCAGUUGUUGCUAAGGAUCUGCUACAAGGGCAAGCUUUGUGUCUUUUCUGUGGCAGUUUUUAUGUGUAGUUCAUAUAAAUAAAAUGCAUGCGUAAAGGAAAAACGACAAUACUGUCGUUUUUUGGAAAUUAUUUUUGACAAAAUCACCAGUAAAUUUUAAA